UUGAAGUUCUGCCUGUGAGAGGUCUUUAUUCUGAGUCCAUCAUUUCGAGGUUAAAUUCCCUCAUUGCUUUAGAGCUUUAACUUUUAAUACAUCCCAUAUUAUAUCUAACCAGGGUUGUUUUAGAGCCAAAGCUGGAAAACUUUUGUCUUUUUUUUCUAAUUUCUAUUUAACCCAAGUCGCUUCUCUGCAGGACAAAACUCCAGGAUCAUCGCAGCGGCAGUCCUGCUAAAUUCAAGCAGUGAUCCGCAGCAAAGAUGAUGGGAUUUUAAUUUGAGAAGAACCACUCGAAAUUUUUGAAUUUUCUCCCCCCAAAUCCUCAAUCUUUUUUUAACUUUGCAAACGUAGAACAGGUUAACUAUUUCGUACUGGAUGCUGCGAUGCGCAGAAAGUGACGGGGAUCCUCAUCGCUUCUACAGAUUUCAACGAGUUCGAAAACGCCAUGAAAGACGACUUUGCAGACGAGGAGGAAGUACAAUCUUUUGGAUACAAGAGAUUCGGGAUCCAGGAAGGAACCCAGUGCACCAAGUGUAAGAACGAAUGGGCGCUGAAGGCUUCCAUAGCUCUCCUGUAUGUGCUGUGUACUCUCCUCACCAUCGCUGUUGCAGUACUGGGAUAUAAAGUUGUGCAAAAAGUCGACACUGUUUCUGAAGGUAUCGCCACCAAUGGAGGAAAAAUAAUUGCUGUUGAAAGCGAUUUAAAAAAGCUAGAUGAUCAAACAGGGGAAAAGUCAGAAAACACAACUACAGAGAUCCAGGUUUUUAAGAGAAACAUCUGGGCUGUUCAGAGGCAGCUGUCUGAUGUGGAGAAACGCAUCGACAGCGAUCAAGUUAAGCUGAAUCAGCUGCAGAACGUUGGCUCAGACAUCCAGAGCAGCCAGGGUUCCAUUCAAGGACUACUAAACAGCAACACAGCAGCACUGCACUCUGUAAACAACACCCUGCAGUCUUAUGGCAGUGUCAUCAAGGGUCUGCAGGAGGACACAGCAAGGCUGCAGCGGGAGCUCCAACAGCAGGUCAAAUUCCAAAGCCAGGCACUGUUCAGCAUCAGCAACCUUAAUUUCACUCAGGCCCAACAGAGAGGCCUCCUCACCUCUCUGCAGCGUUCACUGGAUGACACCAGCAUUGCUAUCCAGAGAAUGCAUAACGACUUCCACAGCCUGGAGCAGACGGCCCGACAGGCACACGCUGAUGCUGACUGGCUUCGGAGCAAGGUGGAAAACCUGCAAGUCAUGGCCAACAACGUCUCAACUUUGACUAAAGCCAACAAUGACAGCUUGGAGGAUGUGGGGGCACAGCUUGCCAUCAUGGCAAGCCAGCUGCAGAACACCAGCAGCAUAGCAGAUAUCCAUGAUCAGACCCUGAGGGAAAUCAUGGAGCACCAGAGGGACUUCAACAACCUCACAUCUGCAAAGUUUGACCAGCUGGAAGUGAGGCUGGAUGAGUCAGAGCAGAGCAUAGACCGUGUGACUGGCAACAUCAGCUUCACCACACAGCUUCUGGGGUCCAUCAACCUGAACCUCAAUGACCUGCGCACUUGUUCGGAGACAGUCGGGCGCCACUCUGACUUACUGCAGAACCUCAACAGCAGCGUUAUGGACGUGAGGACAGAUGCUGCCAGUCUCAAGUCUCAGCAGGAAGAGCUGGCAUCAAGGCUAGACAAGGAGGUCACCAGCCUUUCCAUGGUCAUGGAAGAGAUGAAGCUGGUUGAUACCAAGCACUCGCAACUAAUAACCAACUUUACUAUUUUACAAGGCCCACCUGGUCCCAGAGGGUCAAGAGGGGAUAGAGGACCUCAAGGACCACCUGGUCAGACAGGUUCAAAGGGAGAGAAGGGAGAAAAGGGAGCUCCAGGAAUAAGAGGACCAAGAGGAGAACAGGGUAGUCCAGGAACGCCAGGAAUUCCAGGGUUGAGAGGCCUGCCUGGUGUACCAGGUAGCCCUGGAUCAAAGGGCCCUCGAGGGUCAGGAGGCAGGGCUGGACCUCCAGGAACUAAAGGAGAGCCAGGCUCCGCUGGUCUGCCCGGAAGAGAUGGGCUGCCUGGUCCAAUCGGGCCUCAGGGGCCACCAGGUAUUCGUGGUCCAACUGGACCACCUGGAGAACAAGGACCAAGAGGACUGCCAGGCCCAGUGGGGUCCCCUGGUGCAGCAGGACCACCGGGACCACCUGGACAACCAGGACUUCCAAUUCAUGCUCCAGGACUUCCAUUUGAACCUGUGUCUCUCCAGGACGAUGUAAUGGCUCCCACACUGUGGGCACCAGGGUGUCCUGCCGAGUGGAUGAACUACAGAAACAUGUGCUACUAUUUCUCCAAAGAUAUGCUCAGCUUUGAUGAUGCAAAAGCAGCGUGUCAGUCAAAAUCUGCAUCUUUAGCGAUCAUCAAUGACUUGGAGGAACAGAAAUGGUUGAAGAAGCGAACGCUUGGAAAAGGUUAUUUCUGGAUGGCUCUGACAGACAGGGAGGAGGAGAACGUGUGGCGCUGGCUGGACGGGACUGAGCCGGCUUUUACAAACUGGAAACCCGGGCAACCUGACAAUUGGGGCCACAGCCACGAAGCAGGAGAGGACUGUGCUGGCCUCAUCCACGAAGGCUUGUGGAACGAUUUCUUCUGUGAAGAUCACAUUAGCUACAUCUGUGAGAAGCAAACAGAGACCUCAAGACCUACUGGACCAUGAGUGAGGCGCUGACAGUGGGCCAACAGCGAGCAGCUAGACUUCACCCAUGCCGCCUUUCAGGACUGAUAUGGACAGUCCUUACGGAGAGAGCAAAGGGACAUUUUUGGAAAUUUCAUUUUUUUUUCCAAAGUGAAGUCAGUUCAUCAACACCAGGAAGUGCAAUACAGCAGCUCAUCCAAAGACCAAUAUGUUACAUUACAAAAUCACCAAUUGAAUUAAAAUUUAUAUAUAUAUAUAUAUUUUUUUUGGUAACAUUUUAUAAAACUGUACUCCAACUGAAUAUUUGAAUGUAUAUUUCACUAUGCAAAAUCUGUAGGGUAUCUUAACUGUUGCAGAGCCGAAUUGACCUGCGGUUCCUUUUUGUAUGUAAUUAAAGGUGCAGAAUGAGGCACAAAUAGAUGUUGCUGACAUGCAGUCUUUAAGAAAACUCUCAUCCAGCCUCAUGAAUGUAUAAAACAGGAUUCAUGUAUGCAUACGUAGGAGUAAGUUACCCAUAAUCUUAGGAAAAUGUCACUGUCAACUUGUGUUUUGGUCAAAACCUUUAUGCUUUAAUACUUUUGUUAAUUUUCAGUUUUACAAACAUUAACUUGUUCUUGAAUUUUAUUUUUCUGAGCUUUCCUACAACGUAGAUAAUCGUCUGCACUCAGGUUUAAAUUAAACAAAUGAAGGAAAAAUUCAAAAUAAAAUUCAUAAAACCCA